AUGACUGUUCAUUAUUUAUUAUCUAUCUAUCUAUCUAUCUAUCUAUGUGAAUAUCUAUUUAUCUCAUUCAAUCAUAUCUAUCUAUCUAUCUAUCUAUCUCAUUUGAUGCAUAUUAAAUUUAUAUCUCUCUCUGUCUGUCAUUUCAAAAUGUUGAUAUAUUUUAUAAAUUUAUCUAUCUAUCUAUCUAUCUAUAUAUCUAUCUAUUUAUCUAUCUAUGUCUGGAUUCUACUUCAUUCUAUCCUUCUCUUUGCCGUCGACGGACGCCCGCACAGUUCGGUGCUGAAUCAACUACUAGCUUCAUUCACCCGCCCAUUCACGCCCCGAUUCAAUGGUAUACCAACACACGCGGAAUCCUCAUUCAACUUAUUCGCCUCAAACGCUGGACAGACCCAAACGCGCACUCACCCAGCGUACUUACAUAAUCACUCGGUGUUGAUAUUAAAUAUGCUGCAAGUUACAAAUAUAUCACUUUCUUCAUUGUCUUUCUUGCCCGCAGUCGUUCAUCGUCUGCUUUUUCCUAAAGUUUUCUCUCCUCUUUUUUACCCGACCUCUCUCUCUUCAUUUCAUUCAUUUUUUUUCUUCCUCUUUCUUUCAUUUUUUUAUGUUCUUUUUUUUUCUUGUUUUCAUUGUUCUUUUUUCUUUCUUUCUUACUUUUAUUUUAUUCUGUUUCCAUUUUUCUUUCUUUCAUUCAUUCUUUUGAUAUUUUCUUUCAUUCUUCAUAUUCUUGCUUCCCGUUUGCCGUAUCUUUCACUCUCUCUCUUCUUGUUUUCUUUCUUUCUUUUUUUUUUUUUUUUUUUUUUUUUUUUUUUAAUUUUUUUUUUUUUUUUUUUCAUUCUUCAUAUUUUUUCUUCCCGUUUGCCGUAUUUUUUUCUUCUCUAUAUUUUCUUUUUCUUUCCUUCAUUUUUUUUUUUUUUUUUGUUUUUUUUUAAAAAUUUUUUGUUUUUUUUUCAUUCUUCAUAUUCUUUCUUCCCAUUCAAAAAUUCUUUUUUUGUUUUUUUAUUUUCUUUCUUCUUAAUAUCUUUUUUUUUUUCUUCAUGUUUUUUUUCAUUUUCUUCAAAUUCUCUUUCUAUUUCUUUCUUUUUUAAUGUCAUUUAUCUUUUCAUUCUUCAUAUUCUCUCUUUCUUUCUUUGUUUUUUUUUUCUUCUUUCUUUCUUUCUUUCUUUCUUUCUUUCUUUCUUUCUUUUUCUUAAUGUCAUUUGUUUUUUUCUUUCAUUCUUCAUAUUCUUGCUUCCCGUUUGCCGUAUCUUUCCUCUCUCUCUCUCUCUGUUUUCUUUCCUUCUUUCUUUCUUUCUUUCUUUCUUUUUCUUAAUGUCAUUUGUUUUUUUCUUUCAUUCUUCAUAUUCUUGCUUCCCUUUUUUUCGUAUAUUUUUUCUCAUUCUCUCUCUGUUUUUCUUUUCCUUCUUUUCUUUUUUCUUUUUUUUCUUUUUCUUAAUGUCAUUUUUUUUUUUCUUUCAUUCUUCAUAUUAUUUUUCCUGUUUUUCGUAUAUUUUUCUCUCUCUCUCUCUCUUCUUUUUUUCUUUCCUUCUUUCUUUUUUCUUUCUUUUUUUUCUUAAUGUCAUUUGUUUUUUUUCUUUUUCUUUUCUUCAUAUUCUUGCUUCCUGUUUUCGUAUCUUUAUUUUCUUUUCUCUUCUAUCUCUCUGUUUUCUUUCCUUCUUUCUUUCUUUCUUUCUUUCUUUUUCUUAA